GACGGGACGGAGCAGGAGGCUAGAAACAAGAGCGGGUCGGUCGCUGCAACACUUGGUUUCAUGUACCGAAGCUCCAGCUCGAGCAGACAGCGGUUAAUGAAAACCUGGUGUCGGCUUUCGCGUAAAAAGGCGCAUAGUUGUGGGGGGUGGCGGUGAAGGGGAUCUAAAUCUUUCCUUUUUUCAGGGAGCUCUCUAGAAACCACUAAACCAUGCUUUUUGAAAUACGUGGCUUCAGGUUUUGCUCUCCUGCGAGGAUGUUGGCAGCUCUGGUAUUUAUUCUGCUUUGUAUCCGGCCUGGACAUGGACAGACCUGCACAGAAGGUUUUGCCUAUGACCGCAGGGCCAGACAGUGUAUAGAUGUGGAUGAAUGCCGCACCGUGCCAGAUGCGUGCCGAGGAGACAUGCGCUGCGUGAACCAGAACGGAGGAUACCUGUGCAUGCCCAGAACCUUUUACAACCAGCCGUACAGGCAGGACACUCCCGUCCUGCCCGACGCUGCCUACCCGGACCCCUCCACGGGGUUUACGGACACCUUCCUCCCGGCUGUUCCAGGCAGAGGCGGCGUGGAGCCCAGCUACCCCCGAGUGAGGAGCACGGCGCAGUGCAUCCUGGGAUACACUCCUGCAGAGGAUGGCACCUGUAAUGACAUCGAUGAAUGUGAGACCAACUCCCACCACUGUAACCCCACCCAGGUGUGCAUCAACACCUCUGGAGGCUACACCUGCUCCUGCACUGAAGGCUACUGGCUCAUCGGCGCACAGUGUCAGGAUAUUGAUGAGUGUCGCUACGGUUACUGCCAGCAGCUGUGUGCCAACAUCCCCGGCUCGUAUUCCUGCUCCUGUAACCCCGGAUUCAUCCUCAACCCGGACAGCCGGACCUGUCAAGAUGUGGACGAGUGUGAAGAUGAACCCUGCAGUCACGGCUGCUUCAACACCUACGGAUCCUUCAUGUGCAACUGUGACGAAGGGUUCGAGUUGGCGUCCGACGGUACCACGUGUAUCGACUUGGAUGAGUGCAGUUUCUCUGAGUUUCUGUGUCAGCACAGAUGUGUGAACACGCCCGGCUCUUUCUCCUGCAUCUGUCCGCCGGGAUAUUAUGUAUUCGAGGACGGCAGGAGCUGCGAAGAUUUCAAUGAAUGUGACACUGGUAACAACACCUGUACAACAGCACAAGUAUGUUUCAAUUUCCAGGGAGGCUAUACAUGCCUGGAUCCUUUACAGUGUCGCCCUCCUUACAUCGAAGUUAGUGACAAUCAGUGCAUGUGCUCAGCUGAGAACCCUGCCUGCAGGGACAAGCCCUUCACCAUUCUGUACCGACACAUGGACUUGUCGUCGGGGCGCAGUGUGCCUGCAGAUAUCUUCCAGAUGCAGGCCACCACGCGCUACCCCGGCGCCUUCUACAUCUUCCAGAUAAAGUCGGGCAACGACGGACGAGAGUUUUACAUGAGGCAAACCAGCAACGUGAGCGCCACGCUGGUGCUGUCGCGGCCGAUCAAAGGCCCGAAGGAGGUGGUUCUGGACCUGGAGAUGGUCACGGUCAACAACGUCAUCAACUUCAGAGGCAGCUCCAUCAUCCGUCUGACGAUAUUCGUGUCCGAGCAUCCGUUCUGAGCAGCAUGAACUUCAGAAAACCCAGCGGCUGUGUUGGCCUGUAUGGGUUUGUUUCAGACAGCUCAUUCCCCCUCCUUUUUUUUUUUUUUUUAUCACUAUGUCAUCCUCAAUAAAGACACGUCCGAUCAGGACUCCGGCCCGAGAUGGGAAGACGUUCCUCUGCUCGGAUCCCCGCCCUGGUUUAAUGGACACUGAGCUUUUUUUUAUGGCUGGACACAGAAGGAUGUUUGUGGUGUACAAUUUCUGACGUCCUCUAUUCAGACCUGAAAUUUAUCCUCACUGAGUAUCAGCGUGUAUGUUGUCUGUGAAUCUUCAUCCCUUCACAUAAGCUGUGACUUUGAUUGCUGCCAUCUGAGGAGAGAAAGCCGGUCGUGUCAUUGUGUGUAAUUUGCAGAGUCAGUGUUUGAAAUGAUGUAACAGAAGCAGUCAUUAACUGAAUUAUUGAUCACCGUUUCUUUUAGACCAAUAAAUGUCUUCACACCACA